GCGGCGCAGUCUCGCGAGAGCGGCGGCCGAAGAUGGCGGCGCGGAGCCGAGGCCCGUGAGGCGCGGGCGGAGCUGCGGCCGCGCCGGGGGCUCCGGGCGGGACCGGCCCCGCGGGCUCCGAGCGCUGCGGGCGCUCCCGCCGGCCAUGACCGGCGAGAAGCUCCGCUCGCUGCGCAGGGACCACAAGCCCAGCAAGGAGGACGGGGACCUGCUGGCGGCCGGCGAGGACGAGGCGGCCGCGGCGCCCGGGGGCGCCUUCACGGGCGGGAAGGGCGGGCGGGCCGGGGGGCACCGCGGGCCCGGCGCGCACCGGCACCGCCCGCCGGCCCGGGCCGCCCCCGCCGGGCCCGAGCGCGGCCCCUUCCCCGUGCACGAGUGCGUGUUCAAGGGGGACGUGCGGCGGCUCUCGGCGCUCAUCCGCACGCAGGGCAUCGCCCAGAAGGACAGUCACGGAAACACUCCUUUACAUCUUGCUGUGAUGUUGGGACAUAAAGAAUGUGCCCACCUGCUUUUAGCCCAUAAUGCUCCAGUAAAGGUGAAAAACGCUCAGGGAUGGAGCCCUCUGGCCGAAGCCAUCAGCUAUGGAGACAGACAGAUGAUUUCAGCACUCCUGAGGAAGCUCAAGCAGCAGUCCAGGGAAAGUGUUGAAGAGAAGCGACCUCGGUUACUAAAAGCCCUGAAAGAGCUAGGUGACUUCUAUCUAGAGCUUCACUGGGAUUUUCAAAGUUGGGUGCCUUUACUUUCCCGAAUUCUGCCUUCUGAUGCAUGUAAAAUACACAAACAAGGUAUAAAUAUCAGGCUGGACACAACUCUGAUAGACUUUACUGACAUGAAGUGCCAACGAGGGGAUUUAAGCUUCAUUUUUAACGGUGACGCCGCACCCUCCGAAUCUUUUGUAGUUUUAGACAAUGAGCAAAAAGUUUACCAGCGAAUACACCACGAGGAAUCUGAGAUGGAGACGGAAGAGGAGGUUGACAUUUUGAUGAGCAGUGAUAUUUACUCUGCCACCUUAUCCACCAAAUCCAUCACGUUCACACGGGCCCAGACGGGGUGGCUCUUCAGGGAGGACAAAACUGAAAGAGUAGGGAACUUCCUGGCAGAUUUCUACUUGGUGAAUGGACUUGUGCUGGAAUCCAGGAAAAGAAGGGAACAUCUCAGUGAGGAGGACAUCCUUCGGAAUAAAGCGAUCAUGGAGAGCUUGAGCAAAGGGGGAAACCUCAUGGAGCAGAAUUUUGAGCCCGUGCGCCGGCAGUCGCUGACGCCGCCGUCCCCCAACACCAUCUCCUGGGAGGAGUACAUCUCUGCAGAGAGUGGCAAAGCUCCUCACCUGGGCAGGGAGCUGGUCUGCAAGGAGAGCAAGAAAACCUUCAAGGCCACGAUAGCAAUGAGCCAGGAAUUCCCCUUAGGAAUCGAAUCGUUGUUGAAUGUCUUAGAAGUCAUUGCACCCUUCAAGCACUUUAACAAACUUAGAGAAUUUGUUCAAAUGAAGCUUCCACCAGGCUUUCCUGUCAAAUUAGACAUCCCGGUGUUCCCCACCAUCACGGCCACUGUGACGUUCCAGGAGUUCCGCUACGACGAGUUCGACGACUCCAUCUUCACCAUUCCCGACGACUACAAGGAGGAUCCCAGCCGCUUCCCGGACCUCUAGGGGGGCUGGGAGCUCCUGGGAGCAUCCAGCCCGGCGUCCCAGGGCCAGGGAAUGGCUGCACCCGCGGCGGGGCAGAGCCGUGGGGCACGGCAAGGGAUGAACUCGCGAGCCCAAAGGGAAGGAGCGGCGGCGCGGGUGUGCUGGGCAUCCAGCCCCUCCCGGGGCCUCCCGCUGCCAUCCCCUCUGGCACAGCCGCUCCUGGCCCGGGAGCCGCCGCCCCCGGCUGGGAGGAGCUGCCGGUUUUUAAAUUUUUUACACUUGUGGUGAUCCACGAGGCGCUGCUGGACCUUGGCACCGAGCUGGGCCCGGGGCUGGGGGUGAGGUGAGCCCCUCUGUCCUUCCCCCGCGCCCCUGAGCUCCCAGCUCAGCCACGGAAUGUUGGAAGGUAUCCUGAAGGAAUGCCUUGGCUGUAUGAAUGAACCAAACGGGCACCACUGACGCUUGGAUUUCCUCCUGCACCCAGGCAGAGCCAGCCGUGCUCUGCGGGGAGCGAGGCACCUCCUGAGCACCGGCCCAGCCUGGUGCUGUCCCUGCCUGAUCCCUUCCUCCCCCCUUCCCUCGCUGCUCUCUGCUCCCUGCCCAGCUCCCUGGGCUGGUGGGGAGCUCUCCAGGGCUGCCUGGCCAGGAAUGUCACUUGUUGUUACUCCUUUAUUUGACCCUCGCUUGGGACAGGUGUCCCGGGAAGGCUGAGCACCACCAGGUCAGUUGGUGAGAGCUGGGAGGAGCUCGGGCAUUGCCCGUUCCUGCGGGAGGAGCUCUCCCUGCCCCCGGGGCCACCGUGGUGCUCACGGGCAGCUUUCACUGGGCUGUUCCCACGUUCAUUUCCUGCCUCUUCGUGUUUAAAUCACAGAGAAUCCCAGACUGGUUUGGGGUGGGGGGACCUUAAAGCUCAUCUUGUCCAGCCUCCCUUCAUGGAUGGUUCAGUACUCCAGCUCCUCGAGCUUAUUCCCAUUCCCAGUUGUUCCAGUCUCCUCAUCUAAUAAUAAUCCACCUUUUUGGGGUUUGUUAGGCAAGAUUUGUGCAGAAGGCUGAUGGUGCUAUUUGUUUGUAUGAAGAAAUUUAGAUUCAAGUGCUGUGGUGUCAUUGUACAAAAAUGUAAAUAUUUUCCAAAUUAUAUUCUUUGUGCACUGUAGGUAAAACCUUUUCUGGAAUUCCAUAGAGUUAAGGAUCAAAGUUUAUAAGGAAGAGGAUCUUUGAUGCUCAGUGGAGGGAACAGCUGUGCUGAGCACGAGGGGCUCAGCACAGGGCAAGGGAGGGGCUGAGCACAGGGCCAGGUGUCAGGCACACCUGAGAGCAGAGAAUUCCAGACUUCUGGAAUCUCUGAUCCAUCCCAAAGAGGCUGCUCUGGGAAGGGACAUGGACGAGGCCCAGGGAAGCUCUGUCAGCAAAAUCCAGGAGCACUGGAGGGGGAGAGUGGGGUUGGUCCUUUCCCACCAUCUCCGUGGACCUGGGGAGCAGGGGAGCACUGGGACAGGGGAGCAGCACAGCUUUGUUGUUAAUUCAAACUCAAAUCCAAAAUGAAACUUUAGGGAAAACAAGCAAAGGGAAAGGUCUCCUGCAGUGCCGUGUCAGGGCAGGUGUGCAGCAUCCUCUGGGAAUGAUGGAACUUGUUCUCCCAAGUCGCGAUGAAUUCCUGACGUGUCUCACACCUCUGGGAUGAACUGACACCGUGGGUGCUGCUGCUGGGAGCCAGGUGGGAUCCUCUGGGGCAGACUGGGGCUGUCCAUGGGGCUGAGCUGGAGCUUGGAUCGGUGCCUGUGGGGCAGCACAGGGCUCUGUCCCCUCCCAGGGGUCCCCUGUCCCCUCCAGGGGACCCUUCAGGAUGUUUUGUGUAGCUGCAGGACCUGUGCCAGGUGCCUUACAGGGCACCCCAUUCCUUGGGAGUUCCAGUGGUGAGGGGUUCCUCCCCGAGGUGAAUGUCACAAGUCCCUUUGCUCAGUGCAGGUUGGAUCCAUGGUUUGUGUUCCUUUGCGUUUUUGGUUAUCCCAAAUUCCUCCCCGGCUCGGUGGAGGCAGCGCAGCCUCUGCUGGAUCCCAGAGGGGAUCCUGGCCUUGGAACUGGAAAACAAAAAGGGUUUUGGGUGGCCUCCUGUGGGAUUGAGGCUCCUGUGGCUCUGUCCCCUCUGGACCAGCCCCUGGUGGCCGUGGGGUGUCUGCCCAAAGCCCAGGGCAGGUCCUGGAAGUGAUUCCUGUGGUUCCUGUGGCCUCUGGCUGCAAACCUGGGGGAUUUUCACCCCCCAGGACACUGCUGCUCCCUGGGACACUUCCAGGGGCUGCAGGAAGGGUUGCAGGAAGCUGCUCCUAAGGCUUGUUCUGCCUUGGAAUGUGGGCACAGCUCAGGGGCUGUCCUUGUUCUGGGUUAUCCCGGGAAAUCCCGGCUGCUCCUGCUCUCCCUGUGCAGCUGAGGGAUGGCGAUUCCCUGGAUCGUUCCCCAGCUCCCAGGGCAGCCCCUGGGCUCCCGGAGCUGCUGUCGGUACUUUUCCCUUCUCCUGGGAUGUGUUUCCUGCCUGAACAUUCCGGGUGAGGAGUUCUCACACGUAGGGACCCCUGGGCAUUCCCGAUGGAUGCACUGCAGGAAUUCUCAGUCAGAGGGACGCUGGGCUGAGCCUGUGGAUCCCUCGGGGCUGCCCACGGUGAGAUCCAGGUUUAUAUCCGUGUUUUCUCCACUAGAGCUGUGUUUGUCACUGGGUUGUGUUGCAUGGACACAGGGAAUGUUUGUGGGCCCGGCUGUGUCUCCAGGGUGUUCCCAGCCCCAGCCUGGGGCACAGGGUCCCUCCCCUGUCCCGUGGCCCUGGGAAAUUCCUUUUCCAAGCAGCGUUGAUCCAGCAGAGCCUCACUUUGGCUUUUCCCGUUUUCCUGGAAGCCAGGCCAGGUGUUCAGGAGGGUUUGGUCCCUGGGAGUGAGCACAGAUCACGGAUCGUGUCUGUGCAGCAGCUCCAGCUCGUCCCUGUGGCCUGGGAAUGUCAGGGGGACCAGGAGCAGCCCUGGACACCCCAGCUGGAGCCGGUUCCAGGGCAGGAGAGAAGGGAGCUGGACCAGGCUGGUGGGAAUCACAUCCUGCUGCUCCUGGGGGGCUGGGGCUCCCCUCCCACCACUUCUUUUUUUUUCCUGAGGUUUUUUACGGCUCCUAAAAGAACCAGGAACUUUGCUCAACCCAAUCCCGACCUCACUGCGGAAGGAUCCCGCGGGUUGUCUCUGAACCAAACUGUUCCUCUGGUCUUCCAAGCUCCUGCUCUGUCCCGUGGCAAAGGGAACACCCUGGAUUUCCCCUCCGGAGCUGCUGUCCAGCCACUGCACUCCCAGCACAGCAAUUCCCCGUUCCUGCCUCGAGUCCGUUCGUCCCCCCGGAUGUGUUUGUGCUGGAAUCCCCCCGGAUUCCGUUAAUAUUCCCAGCAGCCCUCUGUUAUUUUCUGUCUCUGCUCCUGAGUUGUAAUUCCCGCCAGGAGAACUGCGUUAUUUAAUCCGGAUUAACCGAUUCCUGUAAUGCUGCAGUUUCACUUUUCUUUUCCUGACAGUUUGUAACUCCCACGGGAAACGAGUCACCUCUCUUGGUUUUCCUGUCGUCCGCUCCCUGGUUUUCCCUUCCCUUCACUCAUAGUCACUUUGGGUUGUAUCAUUUGUUAGAAUAAAGACCAAACUAUGCUGUUGGAUUUGGAAACUGCUCCACCCGUGCAAUCCGGGCUUCCCUCUCCCGUCCCGCCGGGCCUCGGAGGGGAGGGAACGAGCUCCUGCUGCUGCGUUCUGCAAGGGCAUUUUCUUGGUCAUUUUUUAAAUAAAAUCCUGCAUUUUCAUUACAGCCU